CUCUAGCAUGGUUAGGUUGUAUAUCUGAAAAAUGUAUAUGGUAUCUAGAAAUUUCUUCAUGUAUCAUUGAUGAGCUUCUGUUUUCUUGUGUACAGUAUUUGAAAGAACAAAGACUUCCUCCUCAGACAUUUAUACCACUUCAAGCGGUUAGGGUAAAGCCAAUUAUUGAGAGGCUACGCACCUUGGGUGGGACUUCAAAGCUUGUCUUUGAUGUGAUUCAAUUUGAUCCUGCAUUGGAGAAGGCAGUUCUCUAUGCUGUUGGUAAUACUCUAGUUUGCGACAAUCUUGACGAAGCGAAAGUUUUAAGCUGGAGUGGAGAGAGGUUCAAAGUUGUCACUACUGAUGGUAUCCUCCUCACAAAGUCUGGUACAAUGACGGGAGGUACCAGUGGUGGGAUGGAAGCGAGAUCUAAAAAAUGGGAUGAUGCGGAGAUUGAAGGACUUAAAAAAUUGAAGGAACAAUAUGAGUCAGAGCUUGAAGAACUCGGUUCAUUAAGAGAGAUGCACUUGAAAGAGUCUGAAUUAUCUGGGAAAAUUAGUGGACUUGAGAAGAAGAUGCAGUAUGCUGAUAUUGAAAAGCAAAGUAUCAAGGACAAGCUUGCCAAUUUGAAACAAGAAAAGCAAAACAUACGGAGAGAAAUCGAUUGUAUAAGUCCUGAACUCAAGAAGUUGAAAGAUUCAAUUGAUAAAAGGAGUGCCGAGAUAAGGAAGCUCGAGAAGAGGAUAAAUGAGAUUGUUGAUAGAAUUUACAAAGAUUUCAGUGAGUAUGUUGGGGUGAACAACAUCCGUGAGUAUGAAGAAAACCAGCUAAAAGCUGCCCAAGAAAUGGCUGAAGAAAGGGUUAGCGUAAGCGACCAGCUGGCAAAGUUGAAAUACCAGUUGGAGUAUGAGAAAAAGCGGGACAUGGAUUUACGUAUUAAAGAACUGGAAUCUUCACUCAAUUCUUUGGAAAAUAAUUUGAAGAAUGUUCAAAAGAAGGAGUCUGAAGCGAAGGUAGCAGCAGAGAAAACUACCAGUGAGAUCAACCGGUUGAAGGAAGAAGUUCAGGAGUGGAAAUUGAAAUCCGAUGAGUGUGAGAAGGAUAUGCAAGAGUGGAAGAAGCGUGCUUCUAAUGCUACCACCAACUUGUCCAAACUUAAUCGUCAGAUAAAUUCUAAGGAGUCGCAAAUUGAGCAGCUGAUAUCUCGGAAACAGGAAAUUCUGGAGAAUUGUGAGCUGGAACAUAUAAGCCUUCCGACUAUCGCUGAUCCAAUGGAGACUGAAUCCUUGACAGAAGGUCCUGUCUUUGAUUUUAGCCAACUAAAUAGAUCCCUACUGCAGGAUAAGCGAUCUUCUGAUCGAGAAAAGCAUGAGAUAGAGUUCAAGCAGAAAAUUGAUGGUUUGGUAUCAGAAAUUGAGAGGACUGCCCCAAAUUUGAGGGCUCUUGAUCAAUAUGAAGCUCUAAAAGAAAAGGAAAGAGUUGCUACUGAGGAGUUUGAAGCAGCUAGGAAAGAAGAAAAGGAGGUUGCUGACAAGUAUAAUGCAGUAAAGCAAAAGAGGAAUGAAUUGUUUAUGGAAGCAUUCAACCAUAUCUCAAGCAUCAUUGAUAAGAUCUACAAGCAAUUAACAAAGAGCACAACACAUCCUCUCGGUGGAACUUCGUAUUUGAAUUUAGAGAAUGAGGAUGAUCCAUUCCUUCAUGGCAUCAAGUACACAGCUAUGCCUCCAACGAAGCGCUUCCGGGACAUGGAACAGCUGUCUGGUGGUGAGAAGACAGUUGCUGCACUUGCAUUACUAUUUUCCAUCCACAGUUAUCGGCCUUCACCAUUUUUCAUAUUGGAUGAAGUUGAUGCUGCUUUGGACAAUUUGAAUGUCGCGAAGGUGGCUGGAUAUAUCCGCUCAAAGUCAUGCGAAGGGUCCAGGCUUAAUCAAGAUGCAGAUGCGGGUUGUGGUUUCCAGAGCAUAGUGAUAUCUCUGAAAGACAGCUUUUAUGAUAAGGCUGAAGCUCUUGUUGGUGUAUAUAGGGACUCUGAAAGGAGCUGCUCAAGAACUCUGACAUUUGACUUGACCAAAUACCGGGAGUCCUGAAAGAUUUGACCGAUCAUUGAAGGUUUUCACUGUCGAUGUAGAUAUCCUCUUCAGAAGCUGUAUAUUGUAGCUAUGACUAGGUUGCUGCAAAUUCUCAUUUCUCCCUGUAUUGCCCUUUAACAACUCUAGUUUUCUUUUAUCGCUUCCCUGACAGCUUUCUUGGUAUUAUUGCUUGUUUAGUUUCUACUUGAAUUUGAUAAUUAGGUCUCUCUCUCUCUCUCUCUCUCUCUCAAAACAUAGAGGGCGUUCCUGACUUCGUUGGAUGGUUGUACGCAUUUUGUGGGUAGGUCUCUGGUGGGCUUAAUUGCUGCAUUGUAGAUACUGUCUUGUUCAGCCUCUCCAUGUCUCUUUACCUUCCGUGAUAAUAAUGUCACCGUGCUUCUGUUUGUUGUGGCUAAAGAAAAAGAACGGUGCUUCCUUUUCGAAA